AGACGGUGUUCUGAAGAGGAUCUUAAUCUUUGCAUACACGCCUUUCACUGGAAGCUUGUAGGUCCCACAGAAGUUGUCCAGAGUCAUUGUUUCCUUAAGUGAGGGCUGGAUCAUUUGUGUUCUUAAAAAAGAAAAAAGUAGUGUAAGUUAUGUUGGAAAAUGAAUGAAUGCUAUAGAGGAUGGUAAUAAACAAGCCUUGUAGUACAGGGGUCUGUAAUCCACACAAAUAUAUUUGUAUAGCAUCAUUAAAAAAAAAAUCCCUUCUUGAAAACAGGGCUUAAGGUAGUUCAAGAAAGUAGCCACGCCUACUUUCCAGGAAGAGCCUGUGACAUUUUGCAUUGCUAAUGCAGAGGGCAAGUUACUGGUUGUCUUACAUUCCUUCAAGAAAGAUAAAUUGCCUUCGUGCUGUCAUUCAGUGUCACUUGUUCUCGUGCUUCUAGGAGGAUCAACACUGAAAUGUCUUCAAGGCGCUCCUCUGUCACAUCUGGGGGGCACUCCUCUGUCACAUCUAGGAGGCACUCCUCUGUUGCAUCUGGGAGAGCCAGCACUCCCUGUAAUACUCAUCAACGGCAAUUGAUUGUCUUCUGCCAACAGUGUGGAAAGCCACUGUGCGACAGCUGCUUGUCCAGUGGCGAACACCGCAACCAUGAGUUAUCACGUCUUCCAGACGCAUGCAAGAAAGAAAUGGACGAACUUAUGAAGAACAGCAAAGAACUGACAAAGAAUAUCAGAAAGCAAGGCAAUUUUGCUACACAAGCAUCAAUCAACCACAGACUUAAACUUAUAGAGGACAACUUUAAUAAAUCCAAAGAGAACAUAGAAGCUCAGUUCAAGGACCUGAAAGACCUUCUGGAGGCAAACAGAAGGCAGGUCUUCAAACUCUUAAACGCACAGAAGGACCACACGAAGGCACAACUCCGUGAGAUCAAGCAAUAUGGAGAGAAUGAGAUAGCAGACAUCCAUGAGAAACUGGAACAGUUUCGGAUCCAGAUAGGACAGGACCCGAACAGUGUGCUGUGUUCUGCUGUGCUGAAAGAAUGCAUGGAACAGGAAAAAAGAAUUGAAAUCAUUGGAAAGAGUUUUGUUGACUGGGAGGAGCCUAAGUACGAUGAUCUCAGACUGAAAUCAUUGGAGAAGUCUGUCGAUGCAAUUGUGAAGAAGAGCAAGGCUUGUCUCCAAUACCCAUGGGAAUUUGCUGACUUCAUCACAUUUGACAAAGCUACAGCACAUGAAAAGCUGAGAGUAUCUGAGAAUAAUAGACAGGUGACUGUCUUUGCCAAGGAUCUGCGGAGUAAAAGUCAACCAAACCAACUUCCGGAUCCCCUAUUGCAUGUCCUGGCUGAACAGUCUUUCACAGCUGGUCAGCACUACUGGGAGGUGGACGUGCGAGGGUGUCGGAGCUGGGCGGUGGGUGUGGAGGGAGAGGAGGAAGAGGAAGGCAGGCAGGCUGGGACGUCCCCACUGGGACACAAGAAGCUGUCCUGGAUGCUGGAGUCGGAUGCAGGCAUGCUGUCAGCGCUGCAAAACGAUGUUUCCACCCCAGUGAGAGAGCAGGAUCUCUCCUUCAUCGGCUUGUUCCUUGACUAUGAUAAGGAGCGCCUGACGUUCUACAACGUUGCCACUGAUACUGUGAUGCACAACUUUGUGUUCCGCCGUGGCACGAAGAUGCGGCCUGCGUUCAACAUCACCCCCGAGGGAGACGAGUCAUCCUUUCUGGUCCUGUGUGACCUUUGUGAGGAGGACAGGCCUGAAAGUCCAGCAGAUAUGGUUGACUCCAGUGUGGAAUCGCCAAACCAGAGGGGUGAGGAGGACAGGCCCGAAAGUAGGGCAAGUACCGGUGUAACUGAAUCCAGUGUGGGCUCAGCAAAUGCCACCAGUGAUCCUCCAGGGCCCACCCUCACCUGAGUCCUGCAGGGCCCACCCUCACCAAUGAUCCUCCAGGGCCCACCCUCACCUGAGUCCUCCAGGGCCCACCCUCACCAGUGAUCCUCCAGGGCCCACCCUCACCUGAGUCCUCCAGGGCCCACCCUCACCUGAGUCCUGCAGGGCCCACCCUCACCAAUGAUCCUCCAGGGCCCACCCUCACCAGUGAUCCUCCAGGGCCCACCCUCACCAGUGAUCCUCCAGGGCCCACCCUCACCUGAGUCCUGCAGGGCCCACCCUCACCAAUGAUCCUCCAGGGCCCACCCUCACCUGAGUCCUCCAGGGCCCACCCUCACCUGAGUCCUCCAGGGCCCACCCUCACCAGUGAUCCUCCAGGGCCCACCCUCACCUGAGUCCUCCAGGGCCCACCCUCACCAGUGAUCCUCCAGGGCCCACCCUCACCAAUGAUCCUCCAGGGCCCACCCUCACCAGUGAUCCUCCAGGGCCCACCCUCACCUGAGUCCUGCAGGGCCCACCCUCACCAAUGAUCCUCCAGGGCCCACCCUCACCAAUGAUCCUCCAGGGCCCACCCUCACCAGUGAUCCUCCAGGGCCCACCCUCACCUGAGUCCUGCAGUUUUUAUCUUCUGACUACCGGAGAACAAACUUAGUCUUUUUAACUUUUAAAUGAUUAAUUUCCAAUUUAAGUAGCCUAUAUGUAUAUAGUAUAUAUGUCUCUGUAAAGCACUUUGAGCUGUCCAUAUAAAUUAAGUAAACUAAAUAAUUGUGCCUA